AUGUCAGCGCCACCAUAUUAUGGUGCUUCAAGGCCUGCACGAAGAAAUCCACCUGUAAAAAAGUUGUCGAAAAUUCGAAAAAAAUUAGCAAUUAAAAAAGAGCGGCUUGUACCAAUUAAUGACUUGCCGCUCGAUGCACCACCGAUUGAUUGCCCGCCCAUUUAUGAAUGUCAUGUAAUGUUGAAGCCAUUGAAAAAGCAUCGUCUUAGUAUCGCAAAGCGUUAUUUUAGUAGAAUUACCCGCGGAUUAAUGCGAUUAAUGCCGGAGAAAAGUGCUAAAGCAAAUAGCGGAGUUAUCGGAUCGGAAUAUACCAUCGAUUUGACCACCGCAGCAAUUUCAUGUGACGAUUCCAAGCGGCGAUUAAUUUUUAAAUUCAAGAAAGAAUCACGUGAUAUAGGACCGGUGAACAAGAAUGAAUAUGAUACAUUCAAGGAAAUGAUCCAGAAACAUCGUAAUUAUCGUCAAAGUGCUUAUCGUAACAAAAAGGAAGACAUCAAUGAAUUGAUGACCGCGAAUGCAUGCCACAGUAAUGAGUCCUUUCCAGUAAUUGGGCGGUCCGUUAAUCCGGAACAAGACGCUGACGUGGGAAAAUUACGUGAAGACUUGCGGAAUAAUAUCACUGCUGAAUUAAAUGAAAAAGUAAUAAAAAUAGUCAAUGAUAUCAAAGCGAUUGCUGUUGAAAUGAGACAAAUGCGAAAAGAAUUAAAAGUACCGGAUAUUUCAGAGGAAGAAAGUUCCGAUUCGGAUGAUUCAGACGAAAAAUUAGACGUAGCGAUUCCCAGUAACAGUCAAACAUUAUUCGAUGCAGUUCAAAAACAAAAGGGUAAAACUUGUUUAUCCGAAGAAAUCGUUGAAAAGAAGGAAGAAAAGCUCGAACAUUUAUUAGAAGGAGGAGAAUUAGAAAAGAUGCAACCGCGGAAACGCAGGGAACAAUUACCAAAACCAUCGGUAAUGGCUGAAGAGUUAGGCCUUCGACAAUUGAUGGCAAUCGUUGCACGACGCUUACCCUUGCCAAUAUCGUUCUUCGAGCCGCUUACAAUGUUACAGGUUCUGUGCGAAGAAUUAAGAUAUUCGGGACAAACGUUAAAUCGAGCUAUAUCUGCUUAUGAUCCAGUAGAUCGUAUUGCUUAUGUAACAGCUUUUGCUGUAAGUCACCAUCCAUCUAUAACAGCUGCUCAUGCUGAAGGAUUGAAUUGGGAAUGGUGGCAGACACUCAUAUCAACACCAAAGACUACCUGGUCCGGUGUUAUUGAAGCGACACCGGAAUUACCUGUACGCAUACGGUUGGGUAAAGAGGAUUACUGCUGGAAUAGAGUGAAAGUAAUCAUAGAGAAUGCAUCAUCAACAGCUGAAUUCAGGAAAUUGAAAGUGGAUGGAACAAUGAAUAUGAGAUGUAGUAAUGGCUAUACAAGCACAGUGAUUUUCCGGAAAGAUCGACUGACUGAAGUAUGUGGUAGUAUCAUGGAUAAUCGCGGUCUUUUAGUUGUUAAACUUUCCGGUUAUUAUGAUCGAUUCUUGCAGAAAGCGAAUCAAAAAGAUUACUUAUUCGAAGCAAUUCCACUACCCAAAAAUGCAAAUCAAUACUAUGGAUUUUCACAGUUUGCAUGUGGAUUGAAUGAAUUUUUGAACAGUGAGGAGAAAUCAAGCGCUCCUCAAACUGAUAGUCGAUUUAGACCGGAUUUGAAGGCUCUCGAAAAUGGUGAUACUUCUCGGGCUGUUGAAACUAAAGCUAAUCUUGAAAAGUUGCAACGAGCACGUAAUGAAGCCAUACAUAAGCGUAUGUGGUUUGAACAGCGACAGGACCUGAUGACUAAUACAACCUUAUGGGUCUGCAACGGUCGAUAUUGGCAAGCAAAAGAAAAAAAAUUCAAGGUUAAAAAAUUCACCAUUGUCGAUGAAAAUCGUCAUCCCAAAGCCUAUAUCAUUUGGAGCGGCACAAAGGAUAGAUGGGCUGUCUUAGAAAAUCCAUUAAUCAGCUUCGCACCUGUUAAAUGUUCCAUGAUGGAUGCUAGUGUUCUGAUAACAAAGUCAACCGAAAAGGGAUGGCCUUAA